UAAAAAGCGUCUGCUAAAUGUAAUGUAUUGUAAUGUAAUGAGCUAUACAGUAUAUGGUUAAUAUAUGUGUAAGGAUGUGUGUAAUGUCUCUUGGGUAAUGUGUUCUGUAUUCAUGUAGGCUAUGUAUGUAUGCUACUUGACACCUUAAUUUCCCCCUGGGAUCAAUAAAUGAUACUCUACUCUAACCCUACUCCGUAACAUAGGAAUACCUUGAAAAUAAUAGUGAAUGUUUUACAUGUCAGGUUAACCCUAAACAAACGUGUUUCGGAUGAGGUAUUGCUCUAGAUGGGCUAAUCUUUUACCAAAGGUAGCCUUUAUACUGGUAUGUCAGGUUCAUCAGUUGUUUUUACCUCAGAAGACUUGGGAUACAGCAGACAUCUAUUGCAACUUCAAUUCAGCAACAAGGAUAUAAUUGAUCUGAUCAGCUAUCAGAGAAUAUGGAGGUGCUAACUCUGCCAGCCUUGCGUCGCAUGGCCAUCUGUGGUGGCACCCAUGGCAACGAGAUGACGGGUGUGUACCUGGUGCAGGAAAUGGCCAGGCGGCAGAAGAAAGAGGGGAACAAGACGGGGUGGCCAGUGCCAAUAGAAAUGGUGCUUUCCAAUCCGCGUGCCAUUGAAGUGUGCAGGAGGUACACCGAGAGAGACCUCAACCGCUGUUUCACCAGCACCCUCCUCAGUGCCCCCAUCACAGAUAGCUCCCCGUAUGAGGUGAGGAGAGCACACGAGCUAAACGCCCUCCUGGGCCCCAAGGAGAGCAAAGACGCCGUUGAUCUCUUGUGUGAUAUGCAUAACACUACAUCCAACAUGGGAGUCACUGUGAUUACUUACUCUCCAGACGAAUGGAUCAGUCUUCACAUCUACAAAUAUCUAAAGAGCAAAAUCACCUCAGUGCCAGUGCGAUUAUUCAUGGUAAAUAUACCGACAAACGAGGCCUACUCUUUAGAAUCUGUCGGCAAGAAUGGAUUCUCACUAGAGGCGGGCCCACAACCACAUGGUGUCCUCCGCGCAGACAUAUACAACUACAUGAAGGAGGCCGUUGACUUAUCAAUAGAGUGGGUCGGCCUUUUCAACUCAGGUGUGUUGAUUGAGGGUGGAGAAGUGGACGCGUAUGUGUUUCAAAAAAGUGUUGAUUAUCCUCGAGAUACAGAGAGCAAGCAGAUAACAGCCGCAAUACAUCCAAACAUUCAGGACCAGGAUUUCUGCUGUCUGAAGUCUGGUGAUGCCAUAUUUCAAUUGUUUUCUGGGGAGACUGUGUGCUACGAGGAAGAGGAGCCCCUCCAUCCAUUCUUCAUUAAUGAAUGUGCAUACUACGAGAAAGGCAUUGCUUUUCACCUCGCCCGCAAGAAGACCAUCAGGAUCCCUUCAGUGAAGGUGCAGCAGGGAAUUUGAGGAAACAGGGCACAGCCUUGUCUGUUGCUGCAUUACUAAGUAAACCCA